ACUCCAAGAUGGCGGCCCCGCGUCUCGUCAGCGCCAGUAGGCGGUAGCAUUCGAUGCUCCGUCUAUCAUAUAAGAUGUCUAUGGUAAAAACAACAACAACCGGUUAGCAAUUUGUAAAAAGGCUAAGAGAAAGCCCGGAGUUUGUCUCCCCCAAUGGUGAACUGCAGAACUGUAGUCAUUAGUGACCUUGCUAAUUGUAGCUAGAAGCUAAAUAAACAUUCAACGACGAAAGCUUCAGUUGAUACAUUGAAAAAAACUCACAAUAAGCACUGAAUAAUUCAUAAAAACAACUUUUGCAAUGUUCAAUAAAAAACUCUAAGUUAGCCUUCGAUUUUAAUUAGCCCUCAUUUUAGCACGUCUAGCAUUAGCAGCCGCAUGGUGCGCGUGCCAUCAAAUAUUUUAUUUGAUAAUUCCUCAAUUUCACUGAAAAUCUAUUUCACAGUGAAGUAUUCGUCCUUAAACGUAGUUUCUGGCAUAUUUUGCACUGCAGAGACAAAGUUGAAAAGCUGUUUCUCUACCGUCAUAUUUUGGUGUGCUUGUCCCAGAAGGUCGUAGCUUUGCAUCGAUUUAAUUGGAGCAGCCACAAACCUAUUAUUUCCACCAGUAGAGGGCGCCUCCGUUAUUGGGGAAGAGAAAUGGGAGCCAGAAGGACUGCGUGGGACCGGCUGACGGUGGGUCAGAAUAUAAACCACUACGAGCAGUCUCACGCAGAGUAACUACAGUAACUACUUACAGUUACAAACAGUAUCACAGAGACGCCACGAUGGGAAAAUCUGUAGGAGUUCUGCUGAGAUAUUUGGCCUGUCUGUUACAGCUGGCUCUUGGUCGGCCGGCCCCGUUGGGCCCCUGCGAGCAGCGCGUGGUCCAGCUGGAGGCGGAGGUGCGGGAGCAGCAGCUCUACAUCGAACAGCUCCACGCCAGCCAGGCCCGGCAGCUGGAGAACAUCCCCAACCUCCACCUGGGCCCGGAGAACCAGUACCGAGACUGCUCGGAGGUGUUUGCGGGGGGGAACGUGGCCAGCGGCCUCUACCAGGUGCGUCCCAGCGGCGCUCCGACCGCCUUCAGCGUGUUCUGUGACAUGAACAACGGGGGCGGCUGGACCGUGUUCCAGAGACGGACGGACGGACAGGAGAGCUUCGACAGGGCCUGGGUGGAGUAUAAGAAUGGGUUUGGAGAUCAGUUCUCACCUAAAGGAGAGUUUUGGCUCGGGAACGACCCCCUGCACUACAUCACCUCACAAGGCGACUACGAGCUAAGGAUCAACAUGGAGGACUUUGAGGGGAACCAGCGGUUUGCCGAGUACAAGAACUUCAAGGUGGACGAGGAGAAGGACCAGUACCAACUACACCUGGGGGAGUACAUUGCGGGGGAUGCGGGGGACGCCCUGGGCGGGUCCAGCCAGUGGGGGCCAGGCUCAGCAGGGGUGAAGUUCCGCACCGUGGACCGCGACCACGACGACCAGGCCGAGUGCAUCAGACUCGACAAGUCGGGGUGGUGGUCCAGCAGGUGUGAGGCGGGGAACCUGAACGGCCACUACUACAAGGGUCCGUACGAGGCCAUGGCCGAGGACGGGGUGGUGUGGUACACCUGGCACGGCUGGUGGUACUCCAUCAAGUCCGUGGUCAUGAUGGUGCGCGCCGCGGACAUGGAGGCCCCGCCCCCUAGCGACGCCCCCGUGCUGCCGUGGCAACCGCAGCCGCUCCUUGACAACACGGUGGAGGAGGCCCCAGGCGGUCCAGCCUGGCGUUCUGAGGCUGACGAGGGAGGCUGGAGACGUGGCUGAUGAUGUGUUAGAGUAGAAAACCACUCAAUAAAGGUUUCCUUUAAAUGAC